UCAGGCCCGAGGCCUCUUCCUCUUAGCGUUGCUUGGAACCCCUCAGGCGUGAGCCUCAUUCUCCUAGAACUUCUCUUCUCUCAGGCGGGAGCGUCCGCCGUGAGAGUUGCUGAUGUUUGCAAUUCAUCCCCGUUGCGUCCACAUGCUUCUCUUCUUCGUCUGCACCCUCAGUACCCAUUUUGGCUCACUUGCUGCCUCGACGCCUGCUCGCUGGGCAGCUGCCCGCCUCGCCCGCCGCAGGCCCGCGUCUCGCCAUGGGGCUUCCGCUUCCCCUGCUCGCGGUCCUUGCGCUGGCCGCCUCGCGGUGCCGUGCGGACAGCCAGUGCUCGGACGGGGGCGCCGAGCCUCAGGUGCACGACGUGGAGUCCGACGACGACGGCGCCUUUGCCCAGUUGCACACUGCGCGCCCUUCCUUUCCGGGUAUGCCCGGCGACGCACCGAGCGGUUCCUCGGCCUGCACGGCCGCGGUGGGGGGUGUAUGCUUCGGCGGCUCCAUGUGCUGCGGCGACAUUGGCCCAGGCGAUACCGCCGCCUCUUCAUGCAAGUGCUGCCCCAACGGGUGCCCAGGAAGCGACUCGACUGACGACGCCACCACCACGUCUCCGCCGCUGGACCCUUCCUCGGCAGGCGCGGGCGAGUGCCCCACCCUCGGCGCGAUCGACCUUCGACCCUCGACCGUGAUCAAUGACGCCAAGCUGAAGAAGGAAGGGAAGUGUGGGGCGGAUGGCUGCACCUGCUCGAAGACCGGUUACCUGAACAUCGGCGGCUGCCGUACUUGUUCGGCCUAUCGCUGAGGCCUGCGGCGGCUUGUCCCCCAAUCCAGUGUUUUGUGCAGUUGCCAGCAGAUCUUGCAAAUCUGUGGCCACGCGCCCAAUGUCACGGUUCACGUGCAUCGCUCGCGCUCGGGCAAGACAGUUCGUGUGCCAGCGCAGCGCGCUUUCAAGUGAGACGGACAAUUUCCCACAAUGAAGAGAGUCCCUGCUUCGUCUCCACUUCCCUCCUUGCGUCCAUUUGUGAGAGGAG